CAGUAAAGCGUCUCGUUCACACGUGACCGUGAGACACGUCAUUCAGGAAGUCGAGCACGGAAGUGUUUGCACCGCUCUGCCUUCGAGAGAACGAGCAAAUAAAAAAAGGAAUUCAUCUAAAAUGGGAGGCUUCUUUUCUAGCCUCUUCUCUGGCCUGUUUGGCACCAGAGAGAUGAGAAUACUCAUAUUGGGUCUGGAUGGAGCCGGGAAAACCACCAUACUCUACAGGCUGCAAGUGGGAGAAGUGGUCACGACAAUUCCAACUAUUGGCUUUAAUGUGGAGACAGUGUCAUACAAGAACUUAAAGUUCCAAGUGUGGGAUCUGGGUGGACAGACAAGUAUCAGGCCAUACUGGCGGUGCUACUAUUCAAACACGGAUGCAGUGAUAUAUGUCGUGGACAGCAGUGACCGUGACAGAAUGGGCAUCUCCAAGUCUGAGCUUGUGGCCAUGUUGGAGGAGGAGGAACUAAAGAAAGCUAUCCUGGUGGUGUUCGCCAACAAGCAAGACAUGGAUCAGGCUAUGACCCCUACAGAGGUGGCCAAUGCUCUCGGCUUACCUGCACUCAAAGACAGGAAGUGGCAGAUUUUCAAGACAUCUGCAACCAAAGGCACUGGCCUGGAUGAUGCUAUGGAAUGGCUUGUGGAGUCGCUAAAGAGCAGGCAGUGAAGGCACACUCGUAAAUACCUUGUAAAUACACCUGAUGAGUGUACUUCAGAGACUGCUUAUUGGGUGUCCUUUGGAAUAGUGACUGCAUUCUUCCUUUUGUGUGAAGGCCACGCCCCAGCCUUUCCAAAACAGAUAUGUUGCGGUGUCCACAAAGCUGGGUGAAUGACUAAGAAAAUGGACUCUCUCAACAAUUCAACUCUAAAAAAAAAAAAUGUGUCUGAUUUUGCUAAUGCCUGUAUUGACGCUUUGUAGACUUUUUCAGUAUCCACUACAUUUGUAAUUCAUAAAGGUGUUUGCUUUUUUUAAAUUGAGCCUUUUUCCUUAAUUGAAAAUCUCUGCAGCUGGUAUAUUGAGUUGUUUAAUAUACUUGCUGGGUAGAUAUUUAAGACUGUCAUUUGUAUGAAUUGGAUUUGUAAUGGCAUAUUUAUAUAUUUGCAAGUGUAUAGGGGAGAGCACUCCUGUGUUAUGGUUGUCAAA